CAAUGUUGUGAUUAUAACCUGAGCAACAUGUCUGCCUCCAUGGUGCGGGCGACCGUCCGAGCGGUCAGCAAAAGAAAGAUAUUAGCUACAAGAGCCGCGCUGACGCUGACUCCAGCCGCUGUGAACAAGAUCAGGUAUUUGCUGCAGAACAAGCCAGAAUAUAUCGGUUUGAAGGUCGGGGUGAGGACGCGUGGCUGUAACGGAAUGACUUACACACUGGACUACACCAAGGAGAAAGGGAAAUCUGACGAGGAGGUGCUGCAGGACGGCGUCAGGGUGUUCAUAGAGAAGAAGGCCCAGCUGACCCUGCUGGGAACCGAGAUGGACUUCGUGGAGUCCAAGCUGUCCAGCGAGUUCGUCUUCAACAAUCCCAACAUAAAGGGCACGUGUGGCUGCGGAGAGAGCUUCAACAUCUGAGCAACACGGGGGAGCCUCCAUCCUCCUCCCCCCGCACUGUCCCCCGAUCCCAAACCCCCGUCCCACCCACGAAGACUGAGAGACUGAAUAGUGACGAGGACGUCGGGCGCGAGGAAGUUGCCUGAGACGCGGCGGUGUUGCCUACCACUGCUGUUACUGCGGAGCAUUGCACGCACACACAGUCCAAGUAUGCAUAAACGGGUUCAGAGGAAGGUUUUAAUUCAAUCUGUGUAGCCAAAACUAUCUCAACAUGUUGGUUUUUAGGGUCAGUUAGCUCUGAUGUUGACAACUGCUUUUAUUUAAAACUCAAACAUAUUAUUUUUUUUAGCUUUGCUGCCGUUUUACACGUACAAUAUACGCACAUUAUUUUCAGAAAUUCAGAUUAAAGUUGGUGAAGCUUGAAUCCAUCCACAAAACACCCAUAGGCCAACCUCAGCUGUUUGAUGAACAAACACCGUGAGACAGUGUGCUUUCAUAAACCCAGCAGUAUGCAACAGUGGAAGAGUUUGAGUGUCUUGAAACUGCUUUAUUCAUUUGUAAAGUGUAUAUUUAUCUCAGUGUGUAAAUAUAAAGAAUGUAUAUCUCCCUUGAACCACACAAGCGCACAAAAAAAAAACAUGUAUUCCUCACAUAAGAGUACAUGAGGUUUAUGUUCUCUUUAUUUUUUCUUCUUUUUUUUUUUUUUUUUAGUUUGAUCAAAGCCAGGAUGUUGUGUUUUUACUGUGCACAACAUCAUAUGUGUACAUAUGAAAUAAUAAAUGGCUAA